UGAGGAGGUCUGCAGGAGCCUAGCUACCUUGAGGAGGUCUGCACAUCCUUUUGAGUGCAUCUUCACUAACGCUUCUGAGACUGUCUAUGGCUCUGGCGCUGCCCGAAGGAACAUUCUUCAGAGGCCAGGGGAUAGAGGCUUCGAGUGGGGGUGCCAAGGGAACUCCACCACUCUGUCAUUUCUGGCAGACUGAAGGGGACUCAAGCGCUGGAUGAGGCAGUAGAGGCCAUUCAUUGUCAUAGCAACCACGACGUGUUUUUAGCACCUCUGGUCUUGGCAUUGUCAUAGCAACGAAGACUUUGACAUCUUUUGGCUUGUCCUCUUCAUUUGAGGCUCAGCAAACUUGAGAAGCUACAGACUUACUCCCAGAGGAGUUAUAUUUCAGUCUAAAAGCUGGAUUUGUAUCCACAUCUCUGACUGAGCAAACUCCCUUUCCCCUGCCAUACAGAAUUGUGUCCACGGAAACAGAAUCAUGCUGGUCCUAUUCCUCACUCUUCUCAUCCUCACCCUCCCAGGCCCCGCCCACCUCUCGACUGACAGCGCCGAGAGCCCACAGGCCACCAAUGGCAGGGUUUCCCGUGACACCAAGCCCAAGGGUCAGCCAAUCAAAGUGAUUAUCUCAAACAGCUGUGCCCAGGGUGACUCGACCGGCGGUGAUAAGGAGCUGGAGCUCGACCCAGACUCUCCACUGGUUCUGACUCACCGGAUCCGUCUGGUGCCGACCGCCGGCGGCGGGGGUGCGGCCGGCACGUGUGGAGGGUGUGAGGCCGAGUUUGCCGCGCUGCGUGAGCGUCUGGAGAGGCUGGAGAGGGAAGUGUCUGCGCUCAGGGAGAAGUGUGGCGGGCCGGAGGGAGGCUGCUGCGCCUCAGAGCAGAGCAAAGGACCAGGCUGCACAGUGCCCAGGCCACUGACGUGCCCUGACGACUGUAACGAUCAGGGCCGGUGUGUCGACGGCAAGUGUGUUUGUUUCCCUGGUUACAGCGGGGACGACUGCAGCGAUUCGACGUGCCCAGACAACUGCAGCGACAACGGGAAGUGCGUAAACGGCCAGUGUGUGUGCAAUCCCGGGUUCACGGGACCUGACUGCUCCACGAGGACAUGUCCUGAUAACUGCAACAACCAAGGACGCUGUGUGAACGGAAGGUGUGUGUGUAACCCCGGUUUUGCCGCACCAGACUGCGCAACCCGAAGCUGUCCCGAUAACUGUAAAAACCGUGGAAAGUGUGUGAAUGGGCAGUGUGUGUGUGACCCCGGUUUCACCGGACCAGACUGCUCCACAAGGGCCUGUCCGGAUAAUUGUAAUGACAGAGGACAGUGUGUCAAUGGAAAGUGUGUGUGUGAUAGCGGGUUCACAGGCCCUGACUGCUCUGAAGCGACCUGCCCCGACAACUGCAACAACCGGGGGCAGUGUGUGAACGGGAAAUGUGUGUGUGAGAGUGGUUUCACAGGCCCCGACUGCUCUGGCAAAGACUGUCCGAACAACUGCAGAAACCGAGGCAAGUGUGUGAACGGGCAGUGUGUUUGCGAUCCCGGGUUCACCGGUCCCGACUGCUCCACAAAGACGUGUCCUGACAACUGCAACAACCGCGGCCGGUGUGUCAACGGAAAGUGUGUGUGUGAGGCAGGCUUCACAGGUCCGGACUGCGGAACCAAGUCCUGUCCAAACAACUGCACCAACAAGGGCCGCUGUGUGAGAGGGAAGUGUGUGUGCCGGCGCGGGUUCACGGGGCCCGACUGCAGUGAGUGUGAGCCAGGUCUGAGCGGCCCAGACUGCUCCACAGCCCUCACUGGUGUGACGAGACUCACUACUAAGGAUAUCACAGAGUCGUCAGUGACCCUCACCUGGACUCCUCCUCCAGUGCAAUACGACUCCUACCAGAUCACCAUCACCAGUCAGAAAGAAGGGGAUCAGAAGAUCACAUCAUCGGUGGGUGGGCGUCUCACCAGUUACACACAAACCGGAUUGGCUCCUGGCCAGGAAUACCAUGUGUCAAUCACAGGAGAGAAGGAUGGCCAACCUGGCACAGAGAGUACUACAGAGUUCACUACGAAGAUCUCGGCUCCCACCAAAUUAGAAGUGGUGAAGACAUCCACCACAUUUGCGAUUAUCCAAUGGGAGCCACCCCAGAUGGAGAUUGACAGGUAUCACUUGAGCGUGGUACCCAGUGAUGGAGGAGACCAGGGCAGGCAGAAGAAAGCCCUGCCGCCCUCUGUCUCUGCUCAGAUUGAUGACCUGGUGGCGGGCACGCCCUACGACGUCACUCUCGUGGCAGAGAAAGACGGAAAACAGAGUCCACCAGUCACGAUACAGGUCGUUCCCGCAGAACCAGGUGAAACAUUAAGCAUGGUCACCACGGAAACCAAACCCAGGCCUGUAUCAACAGACACCGACAAACAAAAGCUACCACCCAAACCUGUUAGAAAUGGCACAUUCAGACGGCCUGGUAUGCCAAGACCCCCCCAUUUCAAUGCCACGAGGCCAGGUACAGGGCCAAAGAGAGUGCCCCCUGGUGGUCUACCAAAGCAACCGGGAGCACACCCAGGAAAACCCAGAUGGACAAGUUUUCAACCUGACCUACCAACCAGCGACAGGGAGCCACUAUCAGCAACCGUGACAGAUGGCACAAGGGAUGAAGGGUCUCAGGGGGAACCUGGCCGUGGUACAUCUGCAACUGAUAAAACAAGGGAUCCAGCAGCUCCUGCACCACAAGCCACAGAAGUCUCUGGAAACACCACUGGUCACCCGAAUGGAAAAAAAUGUCAUUCAAAGCUCAUUGUAGGACACCGUCACUUGAAUGGAACAAUCAAGACGAAAGUUCCAGUCAUCAAAAACAUGACGCAUGCCACUGACGAGGAGAAAAUCGAUGCGCUCGUCAAAGAACUGCAGAGGCACAACAGGGGCCACAAAAACCCUUCAUCUGAGGAACAAGGCAUCGAUUUACACAUCUCUGUGUUUGAGGUUUCACCAGGACUUCUCCCAAAUGCAGACUUCAUUAAAACGCCCUUGGCAAGUAAGACCAGUGCUGAGAAUGACAAUGACCACAUCUCAAUCACUAAGCUUCUGGGGCUCCCCCUCACGCUAUCCACACCGUCCACUCCCUCUCAGCCCUCGGACAGAGGAUCGGAUGCAGCUGUAAAACGUCUCCCUGAUUCCAGCGAGAGUGGGGGCAGUGGAAAAAGUCCAUCUUCAGAAUAUUCCGAUUCCGUUGAAUCUUCUGAAUAUGACUCUCCUUCUAGUAGUGCGUCAGAGGAAUCAUCCAGGACCGAGAUUGUCGUCACAAGUUCAGAGAGUGAGCCUGGGAGGAGUGAGGAGUCUGACACAGGAGGAUCAAAGCCACUCAAGCCUUCUGGUUUCCCCAAAGGGAAAUUCACUCGUCGGCCCGGCAUCGGACCUUUCCAAAACAGAACCAGGCCGCAUUUUGGACCCCCUCUGACCCCUUCCAGAGGCCCAAUACGCAGGCCUUUCCCCCAUCGUGUCCCCAAUGGUGGCCUCCCCAAUGGUGGCCUCCCCAAUGGUGGCCUCCCCAAUGGUGGCGUCCCCAAUGGAGGACCCUCUGUUCAGCCAGGCAGUGGAGAGACCACUGAGACCAGAGCUCACCUUAAACAAAGACCUGGCGUGAUCUUCAGAAAAAGGAAUGACACAAGACCUGGAAAACCACAACUAGUGCGUCCGGCCUUACCCCACAGCGCAAUCUCCACAGCUCCUCCUCAACUUGGUCACCCUAUGACAUCACAUCCUGAUGAUGGAGAGAAUGGUCACGACAAGGAAGUCAAUGGUCAUGACAAGGAGGAAACCAGUACCGGCAGCCCAUUUUCAUCUGAGGAGGUCCCAGCCAGCAGUACUGAGAAACCGAAGGCAGACCGAAUGAGGUACCCCCCAGGAAAAACGCCACCUAAACGUCCUGGCUUCAAUGGCGGGAAUGGGGGGGUUAAAACCAAACUAAAGCCUGGAGUUACCUGGAGAAGGCGUAACGGCACAGCGUUUCGACCACCAACAGUAUACCUUGCUAGUACAAAAACUACACCUCCUCCGACCAGUCACAGAGUAGCUGUACCACAUGCUGAAAAUACUGCCCUUCCAGACAGUGUAAAACCAACUGAGGAAACUCUGACUGACACAGAGGAUGUAAAUGUAAUUAAUGGACAUACCCAACCUGAUGACUUCAAAAUGACUAGCACUAAACCAAAGCCAGGUGUCACGAACAAAAGAAAAGACAACACAGUUGUCCAACUACCACCGGGUCACAAGCCAAUGAAGCAUCCUCUUGGAAAGACUGACAGUGCCGAAACCACGGACACCACAGUCCCAGCUCAGCCAAUACCAAAGUCACCUGACACAACUCAAGGCAGUACCACUGAUGGGCAAGAGGGGGAGCAACUGAGUCAUGUCGGUGUCCAGAAAGAAUCCACCCAUUCAGUUACCCUAAGAUGGGGUGCACCGGAUGGUAUGUUCAAAAAUUUUGUUGUCACUCAAAAGAGGCCCACCAAAGGAGAAGACCCAGACAAUCGAAUGGCUGAGGGGGUGAGGGAGAGACAGGAGGAGGGAGAGGAGGGUGAUUCAGAGGGUCCAGCAACCUCCACUGACAUAACAGGGCCAUCACCUAAAGCUUCCCCUAACGACACAUUCACCAAAGUUUUGCCUGGGUCGGCACGGUCAUUCUUGUUCAAGGGCCUCCAACCACAGACCCAAUAUGUCCUCUCUGUGUUCGGCACGGGUCCAGGAGUUCGCUCGAAAACACACAGUGUUACUAUAAACACAGGUCCCGAGCCCCCAAGUAACCUCCUGUUCACUGACAUCACGGACACCACUGUGUCGGUGUCCUGGACCAAACCACGGAGCCCCGUGACUGGCUUUAAGGUUACGUACACUCACACGCUCGAGGGUGAACCAGUGUCAGUGUCAGUGGGUGCAGCAGACACAACUGUAGAUCUCUCUCAGCUUACACCAGGGUCAUCCUACGAGGUCAGCAUCAUCUCUCUGCAAAAUCUAGAUGAGAGUGACCCACUCAAAGACACUGUCCACACACUGCCAGACCCACCCACAGACCUCCAUGCCAUUAACAUCACGGACUCCAGGGCCCUGUUGCUGUGGAGACCGGCGCUGGCAGCCGUAGACAACUACGUCAUUGUGUACGGCUCAGAGAAAGGGCCAGAUGUGACCAUCUCGGUGUCCGGGAACGCCGCGGCCCAACAGCUGACCGGACUGGAUACUUCCACAGACUACAGCGUCACAAUCACCAGUCACCUUGGCAACCGCAAGAGCGAUGGAGCGACCACUGUCUUUACCACCACCGGGGGUUCUGGACGGGUAGGAGAUGGACCGAAGGACCUGACAGCCAGUCAGGUCACCCCACGUUCGGCUGUGUUGAAAUGGAAACCACCCUCUUCCAAGGCCUCAGGCUACAAGUUACAGUACGCCAUAGAGGGCCAGGCCUUUCAAGAUGCGUUUGUGGGCCCAGACCUCAAUGAUCACAGGUUGGUGCGGUUGAGGCCAGGCGCCAAGUACAUAGUGCGGCUACAGGCAGAGAUAGGAGGAGUUUACACGGAGGCCAUCACCACUGAGUUCACCACAGGAAGUCUCCGGUUCCCGUACCCGACUGAUUGUUCCCAGGAGCUUCUGAACGGCGCGCACGAGUCCGGCCUGGUCGAGAUCUUCCCCAACGGCCCGGACUCCGAGCCAGUCUCCGCUUAUUGCGACAUGGAGACGGACGGAGGCGGCUGGACGCUUUUCCAGAGAAGAGUGAAUGGCAAGGUGAACUUCUACAGGGGCUGGAAAGACUACCGCAGCGGAUUUGGCGACCCGAGUGAAGAGUUCUGGAUGGGUAAUGAUCUACUUCAUAACAUGACCAAAAUGAAACCGAUGAGCUUGCGGGUAGACAUGCGUGCCGAGGGCGAGUCCGUCUUUGCCAAAUACUCAUCAUUCUCCAUUGGCCAAGGGAAGACAUACACACUCAGGGUGUCUGGUUACACUGGCAAUGCAGGUGACUCUAUGACGUACCACAAUGGCCGUGUGUUCUCCACCCGAGACCGAGACCUCUCCGACAUCCGUGUCUGCGCCAUAUCCUACAGAGGAGGCUGGUGGUACAGGAACUGCCAUGAGGCCAACCUCAAUGGCCUCUACGGCACAAUCAAAAAUCACCAGGGUGUGAUCUGGACGACAUGGAAGGGCAAAGAAUACUCCAUCCCCUUCGUCGAGAUGAAAAUGCGUCCAACCUCCUUCAGACCUCCUUCUCAGGGUUAAGAACAGGACAGAGAGACAAACCAGAGACAACUCUACAACAAAAAACACAGCUUGCAUAUGCUACACACAGACACACACACACACACACACACACACACACACGCACACACAUGCACGCACGCACGCACGCACACACACACACACAGAUACAUCCAUAUAAACACAAAGAGACAAGGCAAUUAUUACUUUUUUAAACACAAGAUACAGAAAAUGUAUUUUACUACUAUAGUUUAUGAUACAGUUUCUACACUUCUCUAGGGAGGUUGAAACCUCUGGUCAAAUUGUAGUCACAUUCACUACCACUGACAGUAUACACAUGGUU